AGGAGACUAACGGAGCUUCAUAUGUAUCUCUUUGUCUCAAUUACUGGAUCUACUGUUUCUUUUGUCUUGCGAUCUUACUCUUUCAUGGCUUCUUCUUCUUCGUCCUCCUGUCGUCAACCAGAGUAUCAAGUGUUUCUGAGCUUCAGAGGUGAAGAAACACGCCUUAACUUUACGAGUCAUCUACUCAAAGCUUUGAAAGACCGUGGAAUCUACGUCUUCUACGAUGAAGAAACCCUGAAAAUGGGAGAGGAACUUUCUCCAGCACUGUUGAAAGCAAUAGCGGAAUCGCAGAUAGCCAUAAUCAUUUUAUCUGAAGGAUAUGCUUCUUCUUCAUGGUGCUUGAGAGAACUCUCUGAGAUCAUGGAGUUGUAUACUAAGGAACUACUUAUUGUUGUGCCCAUUUUCUUCCAUAUUAAUCCGUCCGAUGUGCGAAGCCUUAGUGGAAAAUUUAAAAAAUACUUUGAUGAGCAUCAAAGAAAGAAGCCGGCCCGUGACGUAAAGCAGUGGAAGGAUGCUUUUGCUAAAGUAGCCGAUGUGAAAGGCUGUCAUAUAGUGGAAAACUCACACAGAUCUGAAUCCGAACACAUUGAGGAAAUCGUUAAAGGAGUUUGGAAUAAGUUGAAGAGCAAGUCUCCAAGUGGUCAUAAUCAGAACUUGGUUGGGAUAGAUGAUCAGAAGGCGAAAAUUAUAUCUUGGGUACGUAUGGAUCAAAUUCGAACAAUUGGAAUUUGUGGUAUGGGUGGUAUAGGCAAAACAACUCUUGCUGAAGCUGUUUAUGAUGAAGUCUCUUCUGAUUUUCAUUAUCAUUACUUUCUUUAUAAUGUGCGAGAAAAUUUUGAAAAAAAAGGAAGGCAGUCUUUACGAAAUGAAUUUCUUAGCAGUUUAUUAAAGCAAGACGCUUCCUCAUUAUCCAAUUUAGUGCUCCGCGUUAAAAGAGUAUUUGUUGUCCUUGAUGAUGUCGAUGAGCCUAACCAACUAGAAGAUUUAUGUGUUGAACAUUUUGGUCGUGGAAGUAAAAUCAUUCUAACAUCCAGAGAUCAACAAGUAUUAAGAAAUGGAGAUGGAAAAAUAUAUGAGGUAACGAAGUUAAGUGAGGAUGACUCUCUUAAACUCUUUUCUAAAUAUGCCUUUAAGCAAGACAAUCCUAUUGCUGAUUUCCGUGAUCUAUCAAUUAGGUUUGCAAAUUAUGCUCAAGGCCUUCCACUUGCUCUUAAAGUUUUGGGUUCUGCACUAUUAUCAAAACAUAAAGAAGAUUGGGUAAGUGAAAUGGAUAAGCUAAAGAAGUAUCCCGAAAAAAAAGUCUUUGAUACAUUGAAGAUUAGUUUUGAUGGACUGGAUGAGUUAGAAAGGGAUAUAUUUCUUGAUGUUGCAUUCUUCUUUAAAGGGAGAAUCAGAGAGGAUGUAACAAAAAUACUGUAUAGUUCUUAUAAAUGUAAUGUACGAUCUGCAAUAACCAAGCUAGAGGACAAGUGCCUACUUGAUAUUUCAACACCUGACAAUAUUCUUUGGAUGCAUGAUUUGCUAGAAGAUAUGUGUUGGAAUAUAGUUCGCCAAGAGUCGGAUGAUCCUAGAAAACGCAGUAGGUUACGUGGACCUGUCGAUGUUCCUCUUGUGUUAAAAGAUAAUAAGGUGACAGAUUCGGUUAAAGGGAUAUCUUUUGAACUCCGUAAAACUCUAAAAAUUUGUGAUGCUGCUUUUGAAAAGAUGACCAAUCUUCGAUAUAUCAAGCUGUAUUGCCCAGAUUUGGUCGGUCAUUCUGUUUUGUUUAAAAAGUGGGUUUUGUUCCACGAUCUGAAAUAUCUUUCUGAUGAGCUAUGCUAUCUUCAUUGGGAGUAUUAUCCCUUUAAAGCUUUGGGAUCAAACUUUAGUCCAAAGAACCUAGUUGAAUUAAGAUUACCGUACGGCGAAAAAAUCGAACUACUUUGGAGUGGAGACCAGGAUCUACAAAAUUUAAGAGUGCUUGACCUCAACCGCUGCUCUAAGUUACGCGAGAUCCCAAAUCUCUCAACAGCCAUAAACCUUGAGGAAUUAAUAUGUAACGGCUGCAGGUGUCUGGUUGAACUUCCUAGCAUGAAACAUUUGACGUCCCUUAAACGGCUAGGUCUAUCAUGUUGUGAAAAUAUCAAAAAGGUUCCCAAUUUUCCAGAGAAGAUAGAAGAAAUAUAUAUGGCAAACACUUCAAUUGAAGACGUUCCCUCAUCAUCAAUCUCUAGGAUUAAAAGCCUCCAAAAAUUGGUAGUGACAAGAUGCCAAAGGCUUAAAUCAUUGCUAGGGCUCCCACCAUAUCUAGAAAAAAUAGAAGCAGAUGGAUGCAGUUCAUUACAAACAGUUUCGUUCACUGAUCAAUAUCCAAAUAUAUUCCCCGAGCAUGACUUGAUUGUAGUUGAUAGUCCGUUCCAACUGAAACGACUUGACUCGAUUGUAUUUGAAAACUGCAUCAAACUGAAUCGAGAUGCAAUCAACAACAUUGUGGCUAAUACACUGCUCAAGAUUGAGUGCAUUACAAAGCAAUUGGUGGAGAGAUCUACAGUGGAAUCGGCAAAGGGGCUGGUAGAGAAAGUGGACUCCAAUUGGAUGGAUUAUAAAACAUUAAUGUGCAGCAGCGGGGGAUCGGUAGGGUACCCCGAAGGCAAAGUUUAUGAAACAAGUUACUACAAAGUGAAAUUGGUUUGUGUUUUACCUGGAUGUCAAAUGUUAGAACAGUUCGAGCGUUGGAGCAGGUAUUCUUCAAUAGCUGUGGAGCUAGAUCCAGAUAAGUGUAGUAGUGGAUUAGUGGGGUUUGCUUUAUGCAUUGUCCUGAACCGUUAUGGACCGGGUGUGCACUUUAGGUUCAAAUCCCAACUGAGAACCACAAGCGGUGAUUGUCAUACUUUCAUACAUAGUUGUUCUCCCAUUAAUGGUGAUGGUUAUGAGGGCAGCGAUCAUGCACGUUUCAUUGUCUUUGAUCACAAUAUGCUUCACGAAGCCAUGCCUUAUGUAGGGGCAUCAUUUAAAUUUCAAUCCUACUUCACCCAUUUGGAUUGCGUUGGUGUUCAUGUAUUCUAUAUAGAUGCAGCCAUAAUCCGGCGAAAGGUCCAGCUCUCUGAUGAUGUUGAAUCCAGUGAAAUUUUCCUGACCGAAGAAGAUAUUGGGCAGACAAAAAGUUCUGGCUCUGAGGAAGAUCAAAGAAAUUUUAGCCCUGACAAUGGACAUGAGCCAGAGCCUAAUAAGAUUAAAACUAUUUUCUCUCUCUUGAUCGAGGGUCUACAAAAGAUGCUGCAAAAGGUAUUCUUCCCAUGUAAGGGAAAAGUGGAGCAUGCUUGAAGUUGAAAAAAUCUGAGGCUAAUGCCUAAGAUGGCUGAUUUUGAAGGCAAGGCAACAACAUCAGACUCCAUUACAAGGAAACCGAUUUUUGAGCCCAUCUUAGAGGAUGAAGUUUUUCGUUUUGACUGCUCUGCAAAUGAUAAAAGAUACGAUGUAUCACUACUUUUGAGCGCCUUUUGGGAUAUUAGAUUGUCACACGGUUGUGAUAUUGCACUGCCUUUCUUUUUUUUUUUUUUUGUUGUAAAUGUAGCCUUUGCAAACUCUUGAACCUUUGUUAUCCAGCAUAUUAUGUUUUCACAUGGUGCGCUUUUCUAGUAGAAUUUGAAGUAUUUGUUAUGUAUGAACUUAUUUUUUCGAUAACUGAAAUGAUGGAUUUGUUUGAGAUGAGUUUUUUAGUCUUUAUUAAGGCUUGUAUACAAACACGUUGUUGUCGAGGCACUCCCAGAGUAGGAUCCACUGUCAUCUGAGGGCAAAUUCUGCCAGAAAAAAGUUCUUGUCAUCCUUGAUGAUGUUAGUGAUUCGGAGCAACUCGAAACUAUUAGUCAUGAUUAAGUUUCUGAAUGUAGAAUCAUUGUAAGAUCUAGAGAUAAACAAGUCCUAAAGAAUGAAGUUGAUUCACUUGAUAUGGUAUACAUCAGUUUCAAGAAUUAAAUUAAGAUGACUCCGUUCGACUUUUCUCUCAAUACGCCUUCAAGCAGAAAUUUCCUCCCACUGAUUUUGAGACUGUUAUCAAACAUGAUCGUGGAAUAUGUUAAACGCGUUCCACUUGCUCUUAGUCUUGGGUCGGGCACUGUAAGUCAAUAAAUAAAUAAUGGGGUUUUGAUGAUGAACAUCAAAAUUAUUAAUAAAUAAAAGGUGAAACUGAAAAUGAAGUGCAAUUUUUGGGAUUGGGAAGAUUUUUAGAC